ACAGUGGCAACGCUUGUAUGGUUUUAGGCAGAAGUAUAAACAAUUGGAUUGCAAAUUAUUUGAAGAGAGAAAUACAGUAGAGCAAUGGAUUUAAACAUGAAACCCUCGUUAGCUGUCGAUGAAAUGUUUUCUGAGGUCGCCGGUUACAUGGACAUGGAGGAGUCGGGCAGUGCAACCGGAAUGAUGAUGGACCAUAUGCCCACGCCCACAAACGAUAAACACGUGCAUGCCGAUUUCUACAAUGAUUUUGAUGAUCUCUUUGAUGAUGAUGAUAACUGGGCCAAAGCCAGAGCUGCCAACAAGUGAAAAGCAUAGAUUUGUCUC